AGAGGGGCGGUCCCGAAAUAGCCCCCUUUGGGGGGGAUGAAGUCGAGAUGGAUACAUUUUAGGCUUCGUAUAAGGGGCAGGGAAACUGUAAGAAUGUAGUUUGUAGAGAUUGUCAGUCAUCCAGGUCGUGGUUGUCCCAAAGGACAACCAAAGGUGCUUUUUCAGGCGGCAAACUACAUGUGAGAAUGUAGGUGCUGCUAGUUUCGGACAUGCCGUGUUUCGGGCUGUCAGAAGAGUCUUGAAGGUCCUCAUGAAAAAUGAGUUGUGGUUGUGUUCAUCGAUAAGUGCUAUUUAUCUCCCUCAUUAUACGCUGUGCUAAAAAUGGACAGUGAGGUACAAAGAGAUGGGAGAAUUCUAGAUUUGAUUGAUGAUGCAUGGAGAGAAGAUAAAUUGCCAUAUGAAGAUGUGGCAAUACCUUUGAAUGAACUUCCAGAACCAGAACAAGACAAUGGUGGAGCAACAGAAUCAGUAAAAGAACAAGAAAUGAAAUGGACUGAUCUGGCUUUGCAGUAUCUUCAUGAGAAUAUUCCUACAAUUGGAAAUUAAUCUGUAUAAAUUAGCAUAAUAGCCACUUUAUUCAGAAGAAUUUCUUGUCAGUUUUGGUUUUCAGUCUUUUGCCCUGUUAGUCUUGUUUUGCAACAGCUGAUAAUUAAUUGUUUUAAUUAAACAAGGUAUUUUGUAGAUCCUGAGAGAUUUCUUACGUUUUGCCAAGUGCUAAAGAUUUUCCUUGAAGUUGCCAGCAGAGGUCGCAUAAGUACAACAGUUUCCAUGAGUAUGAAUUGCUGUUUAAUCAAUUUGUAAUAUGUUGCAAAAAUUCUAUAUGUUUGCACUUCUUGAUUUCAAUAAAUUCUUAUUUGUGGUAAAUA